ACGCUUUCUCUACCGGUAGCUCCCUUCUCAUUCACACGUUGACAAUGGCUGAACCAGCUGCUUUCUUCGGACUCCGCAUCUCCCCAGGCGAGGUCUACCCGCUCGAGACGCUCAGGGAUGUCCACAUCACCAACAUUGCCUUUGGCGAAAAGGUCGAGGGCUCGGCCCGCUCCGUCGUCAAGGUCCACCACAUCAAGUUCCCCAACCUCGAGGAGGACGACGACUCGGACUACGACUCGGACUUGAUGGGCGACGAGGACGACGAGGACGAUGAGGAUGAGGGCGAGGAUGACGUUGAAGACGACGUCGAGAUCAAGGAUGCUGCCGAGGAGGACGACGAGGAUGACGACGAUGACGAUGACGACGAUGACGAUGACGACGAUGACGACUCCGACAGCGGUGGCGUCGAGGAGGAGGAGUUCGUCGUCUGCAGCUUGUACCCUGGCAAGAUCGAGCAGUGCUCGGUGAACCUCUACUUUUCCAACCUCGAGGAUGUCGGCUUCUCCGUCACGGGCGACAACGACGUUGAGCUGCUGGGCAACUACAUGUCACCGAGCCACUACGACGAGGAGCCAAGCGACAGCGAGCUCUUUGAUAGUGAUGACGACGAGGAGAUUGACAGCGACGAGGAGGCCUUUGCCAUGGAGCAGUCGGACGACGAGAGCGACGAAGAGGGCCGGCUGGAGGAGAUUGACGAAGACGAGGCCAGGGCUGCCAAAAAGGCCAGCCUGGCCAACGGCAACUCCAAGAAGCGCAGCAGCGACGAGGUCGAUGCUGACGAGUCGAUGCUCUCUGCACCGGCUACCGACGCCGAGAUUGCAGCUGUGGCUGCUGCCGAAGGGCUGGACCUGAGCAAGCUGAGCAAGAACCAGCGCAAGCGCCUCAACAAGAAGCUCAAGGGCGACGAAGGCACUGCCGUCGCUGCACCCGCCGUCGCCAAGGCUCCCGAAGCAAAGGCUCAAACCAGCGAGAAGGCUAAGGCCAAGGUCGAGGUGACCGAUGCUAGGGGCAAGAAGGUGGCCGAGGAGAGGGAGACGGUCAAGAAGGACGGAAAGGAGGUGUCGCAAAAGACAAAGACGGCCUCGGGUCUCAUCAUUGAGGACCAGAAGCAGGGCACCGGCGUCGCGGCCAAGGCGGGCAACCGCGUGGGCAUGCGCUACGUCGGCCGUCUCCAGGGAAAGGGAACCGUGUUUGACAGCAACACCAAGGGCAAGCCCUUCUUCUUCAAGCUGGGCAAGGGUGAGGUCAUCAAGGGCUGGGACGAGGGCGUCAAGGGCAUGAAGGUCGGCGGCGAGAGGCGUCUCGUCUGCCCUCCCAACCUUGCCUACGGCCGACAGGGCGCACCUCCCACCAUUCCUGCCAAUGCCACUCUCGUCUUUGACGUCAAGCUCGUCGAAAUCAAGUAGAAUAGGCCCAUCCACACUAUCUUGUCUCUUUUACCAUGUACAUGCUCAUUGCCCUCUUUUCAUCCCCAGAAUUAAUGUGUCUAAUCUCUCCUGC